AUGACGGCCAUCGCCGUGCAGGCCCAGAGGCUGUUGGGCCGAAGGAGGCCCCACCGGUCGUUCUUUGAGUCCUUCAUCCGGACCCUCAUCAUCACAUGCACCGCCUUGGCUGUGGUCCUCUCCUCGGUCUCCAUCUGUGAUGGAUACUGGCUGCUGGCCGAGGACCGCCUCUAUGGGCUGUGGCAUUUCUGCACCACCACCAACCAGAGUGGGCCGCACUGCCUCAGAGACCUGAGCCAGGCCCCCGUGCCGGGGCUGGCCAUGGGCGUGGGCCUGGCCCGCAGCGUGGGCGCCUUGGCUGUGGUGGCCGCCAUUUUUGGCCUGGAGCUCCUCAUGGUGUCCCAGGUGUGUGAGGAUGCCCACUCACGGCGCAAGUGGGCCAUGGGCUCCAUCCUCCUCCUGGUCUCUUUCAUGCUCUCCUUCGGGGGACUCCUGGGUUUUGUGAUCCUCCUCAGGAACCAGGUCACGCUCAUUGGCUUCACCCUGACGUUCUGGUGCGAAUUCACCGCCUCCUUCCUCUUCUUCCUGAACGCCAUCAGUGGCCUUCACAUCAACAGCAUCACCCACCCCUGGGACCAACCAAGGAAAUUUUAG